UUGGGAAGUGGCUCUCGGAAUAAUUUGUAAUUUUUUUUGUGAAUGAACAUUGUUUUGCACGGGGUUUAUUGGUCGGCCUUUCCCAUCGGAGUCAGAGCAACUUGUGAUUGGCUCAAAUAGAGAGCAUUUUAACCAAUAGGCAUUGAGUAUCAAGUUGUCCAAUCAGAAAGGGUAAACGAUAAGCUUAUUACUAUUCUAGACUGCUGCCCAAUAAGAAGUGAGGACUACAAGCCUCUGAUUUGCAUGAAGCCUAUAUAAAAAGAAGCCGCGCUUCUCAUGUUUGCUGUUGGAGGGGAUAGUGUUGCCAAGAUGCCAGAGCCAGCUAAGUCUGUCCCGGUUUCCAAGAAGGGGUCUAAGAAAGCUGUAACAAAGACACACAAAAAAGGAGACAAGAAACGGAAGAAGGUUAGAAAAGAGAGUUAUUCGAUUUAUGUGUAUAAAGUUCUGAAGCAAGUUCAUCCGGACACUGGCAUUUCUUCCAAGGCUAUGAGUAUCAUGAACUCCUUUGUGAACGAUGUUUUCGAGCGUAUCGCCGGAGAAGCUACUCGUUUAGCCCAUUACAACAAGCGUUCCACUAUCACCUCCCGGGAGAUUCAAACAGCAGUACGGCUUCUGCUGCCGGGAGAGCUAGCUAAGCACGCCGUGUCUGAAGGCACAAAGGCUGUCACCAAAUACACCAGUUCUAAAUAA